AUGUCUGGUCGUGGAAAAGGAGGCAAAGGACUCGGAAAAGGAGGAGCAAAACGCCAUCGCAAAGUGCUCAGGGACAACAUCCAGGGCAUCACCAAACCGGCUAUUCGUCGCCUCGCUCGUCGUGGUGGUGUGAAACGCAUCUCUGGACUGAUCUACGAGGAAACGCGUGGAGUGCUGAAGGUGUUUCUGGAGAAUGUGAUUCGUGACGCUGUCACCUACUGCGAACACGCUAAGAGAAAGACUGUCACCGCCAUGGACGUCGUGUACGCCCUCAAGCGCCAAGGACGCACGCUGUACGGCUUCGCGGAGGAGAGGGCAACCAUAUCGUUCGCAAAUAAUCGAUCCAAUAUGGCUCGUACGAAGCAGACCGCUCGCAAAUCGACCGGAGGGAAGGCGCCUCGCAAGCAGUUGGCAACCAAAGCCGCUCGAAAAUCUGCGCCGGCCACCGGUGGUGUGAAGAAGCCUCAUCGCUAUCGCCCUGGAACCGUGGCACUGCGGGAGAUUCGUCGCUACCAGAAAUCGACGGAGUUGUUGAUCCGCAAAUUGCCAUUCCAACGUCUUGUGCGAGAGAUUGCACAAGAUUUCAAGACCGACCUGCGAUUCCAGUCCUCGGCUGUGAUGGCCCUUCAAGAAGCCUCUGAGGCCUAUCUGGUCGGACUGUUCGAGGACACGAACCUGUGCGCGAUUCAUGCGAAGCCAAUCAUGCCGCCGAAACCGUCGGCGAAAGGAGCGAAGAAGGCAGCUAAGAGCCAGAAGGCAAGCCGCGCCGGAGACAAGAAGAAGAAACAUCGUCGGAAGGAGAGUUAUUCCGUCUACAUCUACCGUGUACUCAAGCAAGUUCAUCCCGACACCGGCGUUUCGUCGAAGGCGAUGUCAAUCAUGAACUCUUUCGUGAACGACGUUUUCGAACGUAUCGCCGCUGAGGCUUCACGUCUUGCUCACUACAACAAGCGAUCGACGAUCUCCUCCCGCGAAAUCCAAACCGCGGUACGACUGAUCCUCCCAGGAGAGCUCGCCAAGCAUGCCGUGUCCGAGGGCACAAAGGCCGUCACCAAGUACACCUCCAGCAAGUAG